GCCGCGCGGAGGCGGGCGCCAGUGACCAUGUAGGCGUGCACAAAUAGAUGACAAUUUCAACAGAGAAGAGAACAGUUUGGAAAUGUUAGUGGAACAUGGCAGAGGUGUAGAUGGCAUCCGAGGCCGAGCGCCAUCCCCUGGGAGAGUUCGAGUGCCAGCUCUGUGGCCUGACGGCGCCCUACAGCUACGUGGGGCAGAAGCCCCCCAACACCCGUUCCGUUGUCCUCCUGGAGGAGAGCUACGUCAUGAAGGACCCCUUCUCACCGGACAGGGACAGGUUCCUGGUCCUCGGUGCACGGUGCAGCGUGUGCAGCAGGCUGGUGUGCGUGGGCCCGGAAUGCAGUCUGUUCUACUCCAAGAGGUUCUGUCUCCCCUGUGUCCGGGAGAACCUUGGCGUCUUCCCAGCAGAGAUCCGGCAGGACCUGGAGAAGAGGAAGACCCCCUCCUCCACGCGGCCUUCUGGCCGGGCCUGUCCCAGGACCUGAGCUUGGAGCCUGCUCAGAGCCCGCAGUGCUGCCAGCCUCAUUCCUGGGAGCAGACCUGUGGCCGAGCAGACUGGGCACCCCAGGAGUGGCCAGCCAGGAGCCCAGCCUUGGCACCUCCUGGGUGAGCUGUGUGCCAAGGUCACCAUGGGUAUAGCAGGGCAGGUACAGAAGCAGGGCAAGGGCUAUGGGGUGGCCCUGCAAGGAAAUUGGUGCCAGCAGUCACCUAGCAGGUAUGAGGGGAGGGGUUCACUGCACACCCUUGGGAGACACCCCCGUGGUUCCCAGGAGGCCUCACGCCCUUGAAAUCCUGACCAUGUCAGUCUUGAGCUCAGAGACCCAGCUAAGGUUCUGAGAGGCAUUUCUUCCACCCAGCUCUUGGAGACCCAAUGUCCCUGCAGGGUGGAUGGUCAUGGUGGGUAUGGACAGUCCCCAUAGCUGGCCUCAGCUGUUCUGUGUCCUGUGUCCCUAAGCCAGGAGUGCAUGGGCCUCCCUAGCUCACUGUCCCUCUCGCCCUCUCUGACGCAGCCCUUGGCGCUGGUGAUGUUCAGUCCUCCAGCCGGCAGUGUCCCUGUGACCCUGGCCCUGCGCAGUGGCCUCUGUGGGGUGUGUAGAGUACUGUGUGUCGUGCAGCAUUUGCUGAGGCAGGAGCUGCUCCAUUGUACUUGAUGACCACAGCGAGGUCACUGUCAUGUUGGGUGAGAGAUGGAUAAAGAGCCUUUUC